AUCACAGAGUAACCUUUAUGAUCUGUGUCGUUUUGUUUACAAUUUAUUAUAGGUUAGGUAUUAGAUCAGACACUCCGGACUUUAACAAAUUGAAAAUUAGAAAAAUAUGUGUUUCAAGCAAAUAUUUCGCAAAACUUGGAGCAUUUACAAGUCCCAGCUAAACGCGCACAAAGUAUUCCCCAAACCCAGCUUUGGCUGUGGCGGUUACGUCCAAAAAAUAAAUGUACAAUGCUACAGUUCGAUUAGAACAGAGUCCAAAUUCUAUCAAACCGAGAACUACUACGCGUUCCAGAUUGUAAAAAGCCCUGCAAUUGGUAGCCAAACAACCCUCAGCUCUGGUCAGUCAAUUAAUACGGACUCAGAUUUCACAGGAUUUUUGAAUAAGGAUUGGCGAAAGUCCAGUGCCACCGAAAUUACCAAAGCCUUUAUCUCGGUGAAACCGUUUUGCAAUUCACAUAACAUCACAGUAAACGAUGCGAGAUUUGAUUGUCUGGUUGACGGACUUAUGGAUAAUUGUGAGAAUCUCACCGACAGUGAGCUUCUUCAACUUUUGCAAACGCUAUUAGAGUACCCCAAGUGUCGGCCACCUACAAUAGGCAAUUUUCACGACGUUUGGAGCUGCUUAGACGACAUUUGUUGCUGGAAAAUGAAAGACUGGGACAUUGAGACCGUAUUUAUCUUUGGAGAUCUAUGGUUUAAAUUGGGAUUAUCGAAAAUUGCUGACUUUAUUUUUACUGUCUUAGAUAAAUUUCAAUAUAAAGCCGACAGAUUGACCAAAGAUCAACUAGUGCAUAUGUUUUUCUAUUUUAAUGUUUGCCGAAAACGGAGUAUAGACUUUGAGUACGAAUUUGCUCUUCAACAUAAAGUCCACGAAAUGAAUGUAGAUGAAAUGGCCGUGGUGGCGUUGGGAUACUUUAAAACGCAAACUAGAAUUAAAAUUGAACCCAUUCUGGAAGCUGUGAUAAGAGAAGUUACAAGCUCAGCCAUGGGAAUCCAUGAAAUUACGUUGAGUGGUAUUAUGAAGGCAUUACGAUUCUCUUAUCCACACAAACAAAGUUCGCAAAUCAAUGUGAUGUGCAACAAUUUACUGCCAGAGCUGGAUAGAUUUUCAACCCUGGCAUGCUUACAUGUGGCUUUAUUAGCUACAGGAGUACAAACCUGCCAUCAAGGUAUACUAAGGAAAUGUUCCCAAAAAAUUGUGGAAGAUGUUGCCAAUAUCCGACUGAAGGACAUAGAAAGGAUGUUAAAUGUGUUGACCAUGUUUAAUUUCGAUCCUAUUACAAAGCCAGAUAUUUACAACUUGCUAUUCGAAGAGAUACAUAAAGACAGAAGACUUAGUGAAAUCAAUAUGUAUCCAAACUGUCUUCCAUCGGCUUUGCACUAUUUCAGUUUAAGAGGAAUUUACUCUUAUGAGUUAAUGAACAGAAUAUUGGAUCCAGAGUUUAUUAGUAUCACAUUUGGUAAAACUCCCAAAUUGUUACCACCCGCCUUACUUUCAUUGGAUUGCUGUAUUGAUAUAGAGUGUCCAGACUACAAAGCAAACAGAUUAACCGCUAGUACAAGAUAUAAAGCUGCGAAAUGGCAGACGGAAUGGGCGCCAUCGAAUGCUCAAUUUAAAAAAAUAACUGCCAAGCAACGGUUGUUUUUGGAAAUUCUGGACACAGUUAAGGACAUUGUGGGUCAAGAGGAAUUUGUUCAUGUUAAUCAUGUUAUGCCCCAUUUUCCCAUUGCCGAUAUAAUAGUUUGCAAAGACUUAACUACCGGAGCUUAUACUAGCACGGACAGUUUAAAGCAGUAUGCUUUGGGAGAUAUUAUGAAGCCUACUCAAGAUAGUAAUUUGAAAUGGUACGCUAUUUUACCGUUUACUUUGAAUAAUGUGGUUAAAUACUCAAAUGCGCCAUAUGGUUACUCAAUUAUGAAGCUGAGGCAACUAGAGAAAAUUGGAUAUACACCGGUUGUUGUAUUACAUAUUGAGUUCGAACGACUAACCCCAGAAGAAAGAAAACAGCACAUACUGAGUAAAUUAGUUUAGGUCACAACAAUGUAAAAUGUGUUGCGUGCUUAGAGAGACUGUUUAUACUUCACGUGAGUAGUAA